AUGGGUGCAAAAAUGAAGACCGGAUUACAAAAGGAAAACAAGUUCAUUCAAUUCGUUAAAGGUCCCAUUAGAAUUCUGGCCAAGGCUAGGGACUUGUACACAAAAAGCAUGUAUGAUUGUGCAGGGAGGAUCAAUCAAGGGAGUGUGGUGGUCUGCACAGCUCCAAUAAUGCCUGAAAUGCUCAGAAACUCUAGUGCUAAUUCAUCAGCAGAAUUCAACAAUGAAGAUCUUAGGGAGCUUAUUCGAGUGUUGUCGACGAGGAGAGGGGGUGGGGGUAAGGUGGAGGAAGGUGAUCUGGAGCAGCUGGAAUGGCGGCAGCCGGUGGUGGUUGAAGGUGGUGGUGGGGUGAUGGGGAGGAGUUACAGUGUUGGGGUGGGAAAGAUUGGGAGGAUUGAUGAAGAGAAGCCUUGUGAUUUCGUGGAAGUAGAUAUAUAUCCAAGACGCAAAAGUUAUGCCAAGAGGAUGUUGCACAUCACUGAAGGGGUAGAUUAA